AUGAGGUUCUUACUCUGUCAACUGUGUCUUCUUGUCCUCGUGUUGAACUCCAUUUCAGCACAAGUCAACAAUUCUAGGUCUUGUGAGCGCCACUGCGGAAACAUCUCCAUACCGUAUCCUUUUGGAAUUGGACGAGGGUGCUUCCUGGAUGAAUGGUACGAGGUCCAAUGCAACAAUUCCGUUCCGUUUCUGCCCAAGAUCAGAAAGGAAGUGGUGCAAAUCGAUCUUCCCGGAGCAGCAAUCUUAGAGCGCGGACCCGAUGCCGUUCCUUUUGGUUUUCUCCGCGUCAAAACCAAGAUAGUUUCGAUGGGGUGCGAUGGCCGCGGAGACGGGAAAGAGGUUCUGGAUUUUACAGAGACCCCUUUUUCCAUCAGCAUCGAUAACAAACUUGUGGCUUUUGGGUGUAAUCACACGGCAACGUUGAUGCAUGUUGAGCCCAGGAUUGUCGGAUGCGUCUCCAGCUGCCAUCUUUCUUACCUAUCAAAGGGCUCAACGGACGAGUGCGCUGGCUACCAAUGUUGCAGCGCAAGCACACCUAGGGACGACUUCUUUAAAGUAAUCGGUGUGAAAAUAGAGAGCAACGACAGCGGUAGUAAUCGGUGUGCAGUCGCCUUCUUAACCGACGAGUUAGCCCAACCUAGCCUUCCGUGGGACAGCAACACUUCUCCUGAAUGGUUUCACGAGAGGAAAUAUUCGACUAUCCAGCUAGAGUGGCAAAUUCAGACGAGGAAUUUGUUGUUGGGAGAAUCCUUGGGGUGCGGCACCAUCAACCCAGAGGUCCCAGUAACACUUAAUGAGUUUCAGUCUAGACCUUGCUACUGCGGUCGGAUACAACGCAGCGACAUUAGUGAUGACAUCGGCUAUCUAAAGUGUGCGUGCACCAAUGGUUACGAGGGUAACCCAUACGAUGUACAAGGAUGCAAGGUCAGUUCUUGGAGCUCUACUAGCUAA